GUGCUUCCAGCUAUAUCUCGAUUGUGUCGAUUGUUUGGCGAGAAUCACUCCUGCUUGGUUAAUCUCAGUAGCCUCGCUAAUGAGACACAUCCUGAGGUGCCCUUUGGCUCUGCAUCAUCAAAGUUCGAUCAAAUCACCUUUACACAGCAAUUGGAUGAGCUCUUUGCAUCAGCCUUACACCGACUGGUGCGAGGUGAGACAAGUGCAUCCGGUCGGUUCAUUGCGCUCGCCUGCCCUGUUCGUCUUUCUUGUGGUCACCUAGUCUCGCGCCUUGGCCUCAAGCUGAUUCCGACGCCUGUUUUUCAUCAAAAAGGGUGA